AACAAAAUUCCCGAAUGACGAUGAUGAAAUUAUACCACGAUGCUUUGACCUCCGAGAGCGAUGAGCCUCGGCUCCUGCUGCUGCGCCGCACCAAUCAGCAGGGCGGGCGGGCGGAGCUUCUGGAGGGGAUUUGGCAGCGGGUCUCUCUUUCUCAUCCAGUUCCAGUUCCAGUUCCACUGUCGCGCCGACUCUCGAUGGAUCCGCAACCCUCACCGCGAUAGUCUUCAGCAAUCUGGUUCGGUCCGAGGGAUCCAUUGCGGCUUUCUUUCCCAGGCCAUCCGCUUCCCCUUUUUCUUUUGCCCCUGCCCGCGCUGCUUUUUCGCAGAGUCUCGCCGCCAUGCCGCAGGUCCCAACAGUUCGCCUGGGAUCCACUGCGAUCCUCAGCAGUGUCCAACAGCCUCUUCGCUCUUUAUCUUCUUCUCGUCUGCCUGCCGCAGCUUCAAACCCCACAGCUUUACUAUCUUUUCGCUUCUCUCCGCCUCCGAAACCAACGUGUCGGGCAUAUUCUUCCACAGCCACUCCUCCCCCUCCUCGAUCCCGUCUCCGCCGCUUUAUUGGCUUCACGUCACUCGCCGUUUUUGCCUUCAUCGCCGGAGGAUCCUACCAGACCUUGAAGACCGCCUCGGGCAUGAUGGACCUCCGACUAAGCACCGACGAGGAGACUCUCUCCGCCUUCAUCCCCGGCGAUGAGUUCACCAAGGAAGUAGACGACUAUAUUCGCAAUCAUCCACUGGCCGUCUCGCUGCGCGAGGACCCCGCCUUCACCGAAUCCCGCCCACACUUGAAGAUGCCAGCACAGAUGCGCGCGCGCAGUCUCACGGGCGGAACGUUGGCCGGGCCAGAGAUGAUCGUCGUGCCGCCGUUGGUGUUCUGCGAGGAGGGCGGGAAGAGCCUGGUCUCUUUGCUCUACCUUGGCCCCAGCCUCUGCGGGCAUCCCGGAAUCGUGCACGGCGGUCUCCUGGCCACCUUGCUGGACGAGGCAAUGGGCCGCUGCUGCUUCCCCGCGAUGCCGAACCGCGUCGGCGUCACCGCCAACCUGAAUCUCGAUUACCGCCUUCCCGCAAUGGCGGGUAAUUACGUCGCGCUGCGAGCAGAGACGGUCAAGGUGGAAGGUCGCAAGGCCUGGGUGGAGGCGCGCAUCGAGACGCUGCCGGAAGAUGGCAAGGAGCCGAAAGUCCUGGUAGAGGCGAAGGCGCUCUUCAUUGAGCCCAAGCAGGCUGCGGCAAUGUCCUCCCUGUACAACGUCACCGCUUAGACCAUUAGACCCCCGAUACAUAUUUCCCUUACGUGCGGUUUUUGUUGUCCCAUGGAAAGCACUGGGAUUCGGAGAUCACCAUGACUAGAUCGUUCUUCAAGCGCAUAGACGAUAUUUCCAGAUUUAUAUAAAUGUUUACCGUUUCCAGAUCAAUGUGUAUGUAUAUAACCUGUUCUGCCCGGCCCCGUUGCGACUCUAUUGGCAUCUCGCAUAUUUACUACUGAACAUGACCUGUCCGCUAUGACAGACUUAG